AAAUAAUCUGUCAAAGUAACACAGAGCUCAGCUAAUCAUCAUCUCUGCACUAGGGUUUCCCAACUUUGUUUAUAAAACCAGCUUAGAUUGACCCACAGAUUCCUUUUUUAUUGUUUACUUUAAUUAUUACACUUAAUUAUGGGAAAUGCAAAGCAUUGUUGUUGAGUAGAUAAUAGUAAAUGUACAUCCACUGAAAACACAGAAACUCAGUCGUUCUGCUAACUUUAGGCAAAUUAUAUACCACUACACAUUUAAUAGGAGAUUCUCUGCCUCUCCAGAAUAGUCUCUGUGUUUUUAUUUUAUCCUAGUUUGAGGAACUUAAAAGUGCCAGCCAGCCAUGUUUUACUUUGCUUUUAAGUUCACACUCUCAGUUUGAGUUGAAACAGUACAGCCAGUUAGAUCCAAGCAUCUUACUCUGUUUGACAGUGGCUAACUGGAUUAAGAGACAAUCUAGUGAUUUUUUCCAAAUUGUCUUAAACCUCACUGGAUUUGUCUGCUUGUUUUGUCCUCCCUGCUGUGGAGUUAAGGGUUGGUGCUUGAUAUGUUAAACCCUCCAAAGUCUUUAUUCAGUAAUUAAAUUACUGUAAGCUCGUGUUGAAUGCAUGUUCAUCCGUGCUCAUUUUGUAACUAUCGAACAGGAGGUAGCUUAUCUUUUGUUUUAAAUCUUGACAAUCCUCAACUAUAAUGGCAUUACUACACCUUGGCAUCGAGGCUCGGAACAUCUCCCAGAAUGCUUUGUGUCUGUGUGUUUGCCCCCUGCUCAACCACUGAGGUUUCUUCCCCCGAGGUAGAUCUGUGCAGUGUUUCCAUUACAAGAGCAGUGGACAUCAGUGUGUGCAUGUGUGUAUCUUUGUGUGUGUCUGCACCUUCUCCAUCUGUGUGUUCCACGGGGAAAAUAUAAUACAGACCAAGACAGCAGCUACAAGGAUGAGUGGAGGAGUAGUGUAGGCGAGAUCGGCCGAAAGAUGGAAAAAAUAUUAGCUGCUCGUGUGCUUGUGGGAUUGCAAAGGAGGAUUUGAAGCGCUUUCCCUCUUGUGUUAUCUCUCAUGAAUGGACCUUUUUAAAGUUGAUUAAACAUUAUAGAUGUUUUGAGGAGAGGCUUUUGUUCAGCUACACAGAUGAACAACAGAAAGGAGGACAUGGAGAUCUCCUCUCACUACCGUCAGCUCCUCAGAGAGCUCAAUGAGCAGAGGCAGCAUGGCAUCCUCUGCGACGCCUGUGUCAUUGUGGAGGGAAAGAUCUUCAAGGCCCAUAAGAACGUCCUUCUGGCCUCUUCACGCUACUUCAAGACUCUUUACUGCCAGGUUAAAAAAGGGGCAGACCCUCACCUCCAGACUACUGUCACUCACCUGGACAUUGUCACUGCGACAGGCUUCAAAGCCAUACUGGACUUCAUGUACUCUGCGCACUACCUCGCCCUCACCAGUAAGAACGUGAUCGAGGUCAUGUCAGCCGCCAGCUACCUGCAGAUGACGGACAUCGUCCAGGCCUGCCACAGCUUCAUCAAGGCGGCGCUGGACAUCAGCAUCCGCUCUGAGAUGGCCGAUGAACUGACCGACUUUGAGAUGGGAGCUGUGGCUGCUGCCGGCAUAGGUGGAGGAGGAGAAGGAGGAGGAGGAAGAGGAGUGGGUUUUAGCAGGAGCAGGGGGUGGUUGCAGGAGGAGGAGGAGGAGGAGGUGGAGGAAUCGUGGGCAUGGCUUCUGAAGCCCUGGCCUCCAUCAUGUCUGGUCGCAGCACCUCCCCUUGGCUCGUGCGCCGCACCAGUCCGGCCAACUCUUCUGGGGACUCAGCCAUCGCCAGCUGCCACGAGGGAGGCAGCACGUAUGGCAAGGAGGACCAAGAAACCCCCUAAGAGCCAUGAGAGCCAGGAGGAAGCCUGCCAUGACUCCCAGCCCGCCUGGCCACACGACUACAGGCCUUGUCACCGUCAAAGAGGAACAGGUGUCCCCCGCCUCCUCCUCACAUCCCCGGGACACUCCUAGAGGGGCCGCUCAGAGACAGGGGGAGGCUGGGGCUGGAGGCGCUGCUGGAGGAGCUGGAGAGGGGUCCUGGCAACCCCUCUCAGGGUCAGGGCGCAGGAAGAACAGGAAGAACAAGGACACUGUCAGGCAUAUUACCCAGCAGGCUGAGAGGAACUGGGACAGAGAGCGGGACAGGGAGAGGGAACGGGACAGUAGGCCUGGGUCUCCCCUGCCCUCCAUGCUGGCUGUGGCCGGAUGGAACUACAACGGACAGGAAAUCCCAGGUAAGGCUGACCAACCUGCUCCAUACACUG